ACUGGAAAAGUUAUUGAAUGGACCUAUUUUAUACGUGAUAUGUGAACAAAGCAGAACCGGCCAUAAUUUGACACACGCGUGCUCUUAAAAAGCAUGGCUUCUAUCGCCAUCACCUUUAGUCGAUACGCCUUGUUUCUACGUAUUUCUACGCUACGCUACGUACACGUUCAUGGUUAAUCGCGCUCUUAGCACAGAAAUCAGCUGUUUGUCAACAAAACAUGCCAAACGUGUUAUUCCAACAUUCUUGAUUUUUUACAUGAAAUAUCAUUUCUUUUGAAUUUUACAUAGUUAAAGUAUAUGAGAUUUAAAAGUUUUCUACGCUUAUUGCAAAAUAUGACAUUAGGUGAAAAGGCCACACAAUUAGACUACCGAAAUAAGGUAAUAAUGGCACCAAUGGUACGUGUUGGAACACUGCCUAUGCGCUUGCUGGCUCUUGAAUCCGGAGCAGACAUCGUUUAUACAGAGGAGUUAGUCGAUUUGAAGCUAAUACGUAGUAAAAGGCGUGUCAAUGCUGCAUUGGGCACUGUCGACUUUGUCGAUCGUAGUGAUGGCACAAUUGUAUUUCGAACGUGUGCAAAAGAACGUCAGCAAGUAGUGCUACAGUUGGGCACUAGUGACGCUGAACGUGCGUUGGCUGUAGGAAAAUUGGUAGAACAUGACAUUGCAGGUUUAGACAUAAAUAUGGGCUGUCCCAAAGAAUUCUCCAUAAAGGGUGGUAUGGGUGUGGCGCUACUUGGGCAACCAGAUAAAGCGGAGCACAUUUUGAAAACACUUUGUAAAAACCUCAGCAUUCCUGUGACCUGCAAAAUUAGAAUAUUACCGGAUUUGAAUGAUACAGUUAAACUCGUGCAGCGCUUUGCUGCUGCGGGCAUCGCUGCGAUAGCAGUGCAUGCUCGUACACGUGAUGAGCGGCCACAGCACGCACCACAUCCAGAAUUCAUACGCGAAAUCGCAAGGGCUGUUGAUAUACCUGUGAUUGCGAACGGCGGUUCAAGGGAGAUUCAAAAAUAUAAAGAUAUAUUAAGCUUUCGUGAUUUAUGCGGUGCAACUAGCGUUAUGGUUGCAAGAGCAGCGCAGUUGAACGUUUCCAUAUUUCGGAAAGAAGGCAUGCUGCCAAUGGAUGAUAUUAUUGUGAAGUAUUUGAAACUAAGUGUCGACUAUGACAAUGCCGCGCACAACACUAAGUAUUGUGUGCAAAAUAUAUUAAAAGAAUUGCAAGAGACUCCGCGAGGUAAACAAUUCUUACAAUGUCAAACGCUGCAACAAAUUGAAAUCUGGUCGCUUGGAGAUUAUUGCUAUCGCAAACAAUUAGAGUUAAAAAGGCGCGGCAAUUUUGGAAGACGAGAAGUAGCGCCCGGUGUGAUACCUGACGACGAUACUGCAGAAAGUCCGGAUGCGAAGCGCCAAAAAAAGGAUGCUCUGUCUUUGGACGCCGAUGUUAUACAACAUAAUAUUGCAUUUUUGCGCUCGAACUACAACAGUGAUACUAAACUGCCCAAAACAAUGCUUUACACUUAUGCUGGCCGCAAAAGCAAAGAUAUUCCGCACUACGAAACACAGCGUGUCGACAAACUAUUCCGUGCAAUUUGUUCCUUUGAUGGUAAACGAUAUACAAGUUCAUUUUGGGAGAAAAAUAAGAAGCAGGCAGAACAAGGAGCCGCACUUGUGUGCCUGCUCGACAUAGGCGUUGUAAGUGAAGAUGACUUGAUUAAGAAUGGCAGCAUUUUGCGAUGAUGAAAUUUCGUUUACAAUGUUAUGCAUACUUCAUAUUUUUUUGUUCUAGGCGAUGCAAUUAGAGUUUUACAUAUUUACAAAUAUAUUAAAAGACUUAG